GAAGCGCGAAGAAGAGGAAAAUGGUAUUUCUUUGCAUAUAUACGCUCUUAAGUAAACACGACUCAUAAACUAUUAUUUAGCUGUACACUGUAAAGACUGCGGCAAGGCUGGACAUCGCACCAAGAGACAUAGCAAAUGUCAAAUGCAUGAACCGCUCUCCCCUUCAGUUGGCAACAAACGCAAAAGAGCCAGUGAUCCGGAGAAAUCAACGUUGAAAAGAGACAAAAAAGGGCCAAAAUGGCUAACAGCAAUGAUGAUUGCGCUCCACCCAUUUGCUCAAGUUGUCAAGAAAGAGGCCACAAAUCCGCACGGUCUAAUGAUUGUCCGAAUCAUAAACCGACGAAGCAUCAAGAAUUUCAACGCUUGAUGGGGAACCACUCCACGACCUGCCGCAAGAUUAAACUGUCCACUAUUUUGAGACCGCAAUAUCAAACACUCAUGCUGCAGAAAAUCACUCGAACCUGCGAAGAUUUGCGAAACAUUGUCAUUAGGGCCCAGCUCUUUAUGAACUAUUAUAUUCUCACAACUGAAACAGUUCAUAAAAAGGCGUUCACGCAAGACUGUUUCUAUUGCGUUGCGCAACUU